AUGGCAGAGAUGAUCAAGGGUCUCCUGGCUGAGGAGAUGAUCAACCACUCAAGAUCUCCAUGGGCAUCACUGAUUUUCGUGAUCAUCACGAAGAACGGUGUGGAUAUACGAAUAUGUAUUAAUUAUCGGUUGGUUAACAGUCUGACAUUGCUGAUGGUCUACCCGGUGCCCCAGAUCAACGAUCUACUGAAGGAGCUGAAUUAUACACUAUGGUAUUGUUCGCUGGAUAUGGCGAGCGGAUUUUGGGUGGUGAAGAUGACGGAUCCGGCUGCCUGA